AGGGUCCACUCGCCGGCCCCGGCACUAGGCCCGCGGGCAGUCAGGACCGAGGGGCGGCGGCUCCCGCCCCCGGGGCCGGACGUGGCGCCUCCCCUGCCGCAGCGGCCGGACUCUGGAGGUGGGGUCGGGAGCCAGAGGCCGGGGCUCUGAUGUCACCGCUUGGCCUUGGCGCCCGGGCGCGCGUCUCGGGCGGGAUGGAGCUUCAGGACCCCCGGAGCCAGCCAGCUUCGGCACCUACCCGCGCAGCCAUGGAGGCCUUGGGUCCCGGGGAUGACCGUGCCUCCCCCGCCUCAAGCACUCGAAGCCUGGAUCUGCGGCUGUCCGCGCGUGCCGACUCGGCCUACAGCUCUUUCUCGGCGGCCUCCGGCGGCCCUGAGCCACGCACGCCAUCGCCCGGGCCCGACCCCCUCCCUUACCUUGACUGGGACUACGUGCGUGUGGUGUGGGGCGGCCCCGGCCCCGCUCCGCCGGACGCUGGCCCGCGCACCUGCCCGCGGCCCCGGCCCGCGGUGGCGGCGCACUAUGGAGCACAACCCCCUAUCGUAAAAACACCAGGGACUCUCUACAAACAAUCUACUCCGAUUCUUUACGCUCUGGUGGCAGAGGCUGAGGCCGCUUCGCGAACUGUCGAGCCGCCCAGCCCGCCGGCCUCGCGGGCCGCCUACCGCCAGCGACUGCAGGGCGCGCAGCGGCGGGUGCUGCGGGAGACGUCCUUCCAGCGAAAGGAGCUCCGCAUGAGUCUGCCCGCCCGCCUGCGGCCCGCGGCCCCCGCGCGGCAGCCCACCACGCACCCGCGCUCCGCCUCGCUCAGCCACCCGGAUGGGGAGGUGGAGCGGCCGCGCUGCCCGGCCCCCGCGCCAGGAACCGCCGACCCGGAGCGCCUCGCCAGCCAGCAGCGGAAGUGGUGCUUCUCGGAGCCGGGGAAGCUGGACCGCCUGGGAUGGGGUGUCGGGGCGGCGGGGGAAUGCUUGGGUGAGGCCAGCACCGUCGCCGGCGGCCCGGUUGGGCCUGAGCUGGCCGGGUGCAAAGGGCUGCCCGAGAUCCAGCCCCAAGGUCCAGCCGACUGUGGGUCCCAGAAGUUUGCUCCUGCCUACCGGCCUGCUGGUCGGAGUAGGAGCGCUUCCGGGGAAGCCUUAGGCCCCUGGGGAGGUCCAGGAGGGCCCAUGUCAGUCGCCCAGGCUCUUCCCCAACGAGCACAACCGCCCAGGCCAUUGUUUCAGACCAAGGUCUCCAGCUCCAAGAACUUCCUCCCCAGUCGCUGCGGUGGGUGUGAGGCCCCUGCCUCCAGGUGCUCGACUCAGAAGGAGGCUGCAGUGACCUGUCCCACAGAGCUCCCCGCCGGCAGCCCUGCCGACUCUGAGCAGAGGGUCUCGGAGACCUGCCGUGGUCCUGCCUGGCUUCCCUCCCUCCCCGACGACAAGGUCUUCCUGGAAGAGGCCUCGAUGGGCAGAGUGACGUCACCUCCAGGCUCUCAGGCGGAAGAUGCCUGUGCCUCUGAUGAGCAGAAUGGAACUGGCCUGGACCACAGGGCUGGCCGAGUCCCCGCAGAGUGUCCCCUCGACGGGUGUCCGGGGUCAGCAGCGGCAGAUGAGGGCUGGCAAGGGGUGAACGGGUCUGUGGGUGUUUGCGGGCCCACAGGCUCUAGCACCCCUGGGACUGCGAAUGGUGACAUCCCAACCAGUGACCCCUCGGGAAUGCUGGCCACUGAGCCCCCUGCAACCACAGAGAGUGACCCCAUGAAGCCUCUCCCUGUGGAUGGCCCAGGACCUUCAGACAGUCACACCCAAGGGCCUGUUGGCCACACUGCGCUGGGCUGGGGCACUGGCCAGCCUGGUUCCUGGCCAGCAUGGUCCAGUCAGCGCCUCGAGGAGCUGGUUCAGGAGCUGGCCAGACUGGAUCCCUCUCUGAGUGACACUUUAGCCGCCCAGCCCAGCGCAGAGCCACCCCUGGGCCUGCUGGAUGGGCUCAUCCCUUCCGCUGAGGUCUGGGCUGCCAUGUCGGCAGCAGAAGAUGCUGCUGGUACUUCUGAGUCAGGGUCCAAUCAGCUCAGCUCCCCCCAGCUCCUGCCAACUUCUCAGGAGACAAGGCCUGAGGAUCCUGGUGCACACCCCGUGCCUGACCAGCUGUGUGGCCGGGGCCUGCCUGCACCGCACAGCAGCCUCCAGGCCAGGAAAGUGGAGCUCGCCGACAUCCUCCAGAAGAUGCUUGGAGAACUUCACGCCGAGCAGGAGCGGCUGCACCUCAGGGCUCACAAGUGGGCCAGCGGCCAGGCGGCCCUGGAGGCUGCGGUGGGCCAGGCCUGUGCUCCCCGAGAGCUGGAGCGCUUCCGCCGCUUCCUGGCCGACCUGGAGCGAGUGCUGGGGCUCCUGCUGCUUCUGGGCAGUCGCCUGGUCCGCGUGCGCCGCGCCCUGGCCCGGGCGGGUUCAGACGGCGACCCCGAUGAGCAUGCCUCCGUGCUUCAGCGGUUCCGGCUCCUGCAGCGGCAGCAGGAGGACGCCAGGGAGCUCAAGGAGCACGUGGCGCGGCGCGAGCGGGCCCUGCGCGAGGCGCUGGAGCGGGCACUCCCCGCGGAGCAGCUGCGCUCCUACUGCGCCCUGCUGGCCGGCAAGGCCGCCAUCCUGGCCCAGCAGCGCAGCCUGGACGAGCGCGUCCGGUUCCUUCAGGACCAGCUGGACGCCAUCGGCAGGGACCUGGGCCGUCGACCCCUGUCUCCCAGGCUGGUCUGGCCUCCUGGGACCUGUCCACGGGAUGACCCGCCCUUUCCCCCUCCCAUGGUCUAGCCAGGGGAAGGGGAAGCCCUGCCCACGCCUCUCACCCGCGGGGCUGGGUUACUCGGUGCUUUUUCCACCAGUGCUGGGGAGGUCUAAGCCUGCCCUCCCAGGGUCCUGUUUUCCAGAGUUCCUAUGGCCUUGCCCAAGUCAGCUGGGCCAUUUGGUAAUUAACUUAUAGGUUUUAGACACAGCAGUAGGCCCCCUCUUCUUGAUGGCCAGAAGGAGAGGACACAGAGGAGCACUUCGGGUGCAAAUCCUGUUUUUCCAAUAAAAUUGGUUAAAGUGUGUGUGUCACCGGCA